AUGCGGGAAGACGACGACUCCUCCCCGAUGGACAGCGCGGGGAACAGCGAGGAGGAGGCCGAGCGGCAGCCGCCGAGGAGAGGCGCCAGGAAGCGGCGCGCGGCCGUGACGCGCAGGAGCGCGGACGACCCGGACGUGGCGGGAAAAAGGACGACGACGACGACGACGUGCGUGGGCGGGAGCGCGGGCAGCAGCCCGGCGCGCUCCGGGGACGACGCGCAGACGCAGCGCGUCAUGGCCAACGUGCGCGAGCGCCAGCGCACGCAGUCGCUGAACGAGGCCUUCACGUCGCUGCGCGAGAUCAUCCCCACGCUGCCCUCCGACAAGCUCAGCAAGAUCCAGACGCUCAAGCUGGCCGCGCGCUACAUCGACUUCCUGUGCGAGGUGCUGCGGAGCGACGAGGCGGCGGCGGCGGCGGCGGCGGACGCGCGCGGCUCCGGCUGCGGCUACGUGGCGCACGAGCGCCUCAGCUACGCCUUCUCGGUGUGGAGGAUGGGAGGAUCCUGGUCCGUGUCCACCGCCUCCCACUAG